ACGAUCAGUUAGCGGUUGCGCUUCCGAAAUCUUGCGCUUCUAUUUGAUUUUCGGAAGUACAUUUAGCUUCCGGUGAAAUACCGCCGAGCCAACUUUUUUGCAUCCACUGAUCAUAUAAACGCCAUCUAUCAUGUCGAUUCAAGUGUCUCCCGAACAGCUGCAAAAGCUCUCCGACUGUCUGCUCAACGUCAAAGGCGACACCCCGCUGCACGAGCGAUUCAGGGCUCUCUUUACGCUCAAGGCCGUCGGUGGAGACGAGGUCGUCGAGAUCGUAGCCAAAGGCUUCGCUGACCCCUCGGCCCUGCUCAAGCACGAGCUCGCCUACGUCCUCGGGCAGAUCAAGAACCUCAAAGCCGUCCCUCACCUCGAAGCCGUCCUCAUCGACGCCGACGGUUUCCAAGGAGAGAUGGUCAGGCACGAAGCCGCCGAGGCUCUCGGAGCUUUGUCCAGCGUACAGAGCUUGGAUCUGUUGAAAAAGUACAAGACGGACGAGAGCAGGAGCGUCAGGGAGACUUGUGAGAUCGCGGUGGAUAAGAUCGAGUAUGACCAUUUCACCGAGGAGGGUCGGGCUAGGCAGUUGGACCCCAACUUCCCCACCACUGACCCUGCCCCAGCUUCCCUCCCUACCGAAGACGAAUCCACCUCCUCGCUCCGUUCCACCCUGCUCGACACCUCCAUCCCCCUGUUCAAACGAUACCGAGCCAUGUUCGCUCUUCGAAACAUCGUCGCCAGGUCCAGCGGAGUCAAAGGCAAGGAGGACGAGGCGAGAGCUGGGGUACAGGCUUUGGCUGAUGGGUUCAAGGAUGGAAGCGCUCUUUUCCGACACGAGAUCGCCUACAUCUUCGGUCAACUCUCCUCGCCCUACUCUAUCCCCUCCCUGCUCUACGUCAUGCGAGAUUCUGCCGAGGACGACAUGGUCCGUCACGAAGCCGCCGAAGCGCUCGGUGGGAUCGCCUCCGAGGGUGACGAGGGGGUCGAAGGCGAGCUGUACGAGAACGAGGAGGACAAGCAGAAGGGAGUCUUGGGGAUUUUGAGGGAGUGGAGUACGCUGGAGAGCGCACCGCCUGUCGUCAGGGAGAGUUGUCAGGUCGCUCUGGAUAUGUACGAGUACGAAAACUCCAACCAGUUCCAAUACGCCGACGGACUCAAGACGGACGACUCGGCACCUGUGGAACAGACGCCCGCUCAGCGAUUGACCGGGAUGGACAGGGGUGUCGAUUUGACCUCGAUCAUGGCUUGAAGUCGCGAUCGUUUAUAGAUGAAUACAUUGUUUGCACGAGUUUGUACGGAUAUAGGUGUAUAGUAGGUGCGUGUAUAGUAGUAUAUGCAUUUCAUACCUUGAAUAACUCUACAGAGAAAAGGAUACAAGCGAAUGUAUCGGAGUAAAGUGAAUUUUUGCGCGA